AUGGACUCUCUGAUCAUUCGGAACACAGUCACACUCAUUGUACAACAAGCGCUGCAGACAACACGCAUGCAUGCUCUCAACAGCCCGUCAGCUCAGGCCUUCGAUCGAGACGCCGCUGAGAAAGCAGCUGCGCAGGCUGAGGCUCCAAUCCAUGUUCCGAUGGCCGCAGAGUUCGAUCCGCGUGUCGCUCGCAAACGUCAGCUGCGCCUUGAGAGAAUCACAAAGGCUAAAGUCGUCAACAAUGCUUCAAACCCACUGCUCAAGCAAAAUUUGCGACUAGCUGGCGAUCGCGCUGCGGCCGAUGAUGCAGAGCUGUUGCCGUUGCUCAAGGCCGAAAUGGAGGAGAUCGCGAGGAGGAAGCGUACGCUCGCUCUCGGAGCCGAGCUGCCGAUGAACAAGGUCAGAAUCGAGAUGUACAAACGCAAGGCUCAGGGUAUGCCGAUCGUGUCUGGUGCUGUGGACGUUGUCAACGAUGUGGAGGGGCGCGAGGUGACCCGCAUCAUGGCGAGGAACGAGACGCAGCCACUGACCCCGACUCUUCAACAAGCGACGCGCAAGAAGUCGAAGGCGGCGAGGGGUGUGCUUGUUGGUGCAGCUAUGCCGGGAAAGAGAAAGGCGUUGCCAAUGUCUGCUAAGAUUGGAGAGUUUGUCACACCAGAAGACGAGCACGUGUAUCGACCUGCCAGGGUGACCAAUAUGGAUGAGGAGUCUGUUGAUUCGGCCGAUGCGACCUAUGUUGGUAGCACGCCAGAGCCCGUGGUUGUCGGAGCCAGCAAAUCUGGCAAACCGGUCAAGACAUCCAGUCAGCCAUUGAGCAGUACCUAUCGCCGUGCUGGCAGAGCCUCGACCGAUGACACUUUGGUAAAUGAACCUAAACGCAAGCGCAGCGGCCUCGAAGGCCACAACAAGCAGGCUCGCUCACCACGCGGCCGCAAAAAGGUCCGCAGCACUCGCGACAGAGCAGUUCCGGUCAGCACACUCUUCGAGUCCGAGGAUUCAGAAGAUGAAGUUGCCAUGCCAGUCAUCGAUCGCCAAGGAUCUGUCGACGACAACGGUCGUCUCGGCCAGACUGAGAUUUCCGGCAAUCGUGGCAGCAGCUCUGCCGUACCGCUGCGUCACAAUUUCGAUUCGGACUCAGAGGUCGAUCUGAUUCUCGCGGAAGAGUAUGUGGCAACUCGAGCUCGAGCUCGAGCUCGUGACUCCAACGCCACUAAGCCUGUCACUGGUGUAAUUAAGAGGACGACUGGUGUAUCUUGGGCUGACCUCGCGAAGUCAACCACAUCCAGCGCAAGGGUGUCCAUCCCGUCGGCGUUGGUUGCCCAGCCUGGAAUGACGACCUUCUCCGACACGUUCGAUGCUGCAGGCGAUGGCGUUGAGCAAGGAACAGGGUCGACUGAUUCGUUAGAGGGAAUCUUUCCUAAGCGAAAGGGCACCAAGUCGGUCCGGAAGGGCAUCAAUACGACCGCUUCUAUGAAGGAGGUUCACUUUGGGAAGGAGGUUCGUGCGAGCCGCACUCCGGAUGUGGUCGAAGGGCAGAGACGCGAUUCCGCUGUCGCAUGGAAUGGCGGGAUUGGCGAUCCGAUCGAAGGCGAUGACUAUUGA